UGAUUCCUCUCUCUCUCAGCGGUCAGCGGAGGGCGAUGAUACAUUAGCACCGUCCUCAGCCACCACCUGUCCAAAGCUCCCAGAACCCCUUAGAAAUGAAACAAAUUCACGCAAUUCCAUAAUUACCCUUCUUCUUCCACCUCCCUCCUUCCUAUAAACCCACACCCCAUAUCCACAAUCUCACUCUUUCACAAACCCGAGAAUCCAAGCAAAGCAUAAAACCCUCGCACAAAACCAAAGCAAAGCCUAAUCCAAUCAUCAAGCUCCUUCUUCCAGAUUCCAAUCUUCCUCUCACAGUCCUAAUCGCAGCUUACUGCACUAUAUGCUUCCUAGAAAGAGACCUUGUGAAGGAGAAGAAGGAGACGGUGACGUUAACAAGACCACUGGUACCAGCUCGGCGGCUUCUGCGUCUUUGAUCAAGAAGCUUCGGAUCGAAUCCAACGUUGCCGAAUCGGCCAUCAACAACAGCAGCAGCAACGGUAGCGGGAGCGUGGUUGAGAACGACGUGCCGAUCAUGGCUUUGGGAGAUUCCAACGCCGGAGAUAUCGAUGAGGAUCUGCACAGCCGGCAGCUUGCCGUCUAUGGCCGGGAGACGAUGAGGAGGCUCUUUGCAUCCAAUGUUCUGAUCUCAGGGGUACAGGGCCUCGGUGCUGAGAUUGCCAAAAAUCUCAUUCUUGCUGGUGUGAAGUCUGUGACCUUGCAUGAUGAAGGGACUGUGGAGCUUUGGGAUUUGUCCAGCAAUUUUAUUUUUACAGAGGAUGAUGUUGGUAAGAACAGGGCACUUGCUUCUGUUCAAAAGUUGCAGGAACUCAACAAUGCUGUGAUUGUUCAUACCUUGACAACUCCAUUGACUACGGAGCAGCUUUCUGAUUUCCAGGCUGUUGUAUUCACUGAUACCAGUUACGAGAAAGCUAUUGAAUUCAAUGAUUAUUGUCAUAAUCAUCAGCCGCCAAUCGCCUUCAUAAGAACCGAAGUUAGAGGCCUUUUUGGUUCUGUAUUUUGUGACUUUGGACCUGAAUUCACUGUUUUUGAUGUUGAUGGGGAGGAACCACACACGGGUAUUAUUGCAUCAAUCAGCAACGACAACCCUGCUAUUGUGUCAUGUGUCGAUGAUGAAAGACUUGAAUUUCAGGAUGGGGAUCUUGUUGUGUUCUCAGAAGUACAUGGAAUGACAGAACUAAAUGAUGGAAGGCCAAGGAAGAUAAAAAAUGCUAGGGCUUACUCAUUUACUCUUGAGGAGGAUACCUCAGGUUUUGGUACCUAUGAGAAAGGUGGCAUUGUCACACAAGUGAAGCAGCCAAAAGUGUUGAACUUCAAGCCAUUGGGGGAAGCACUCAAGAAUCCCGGUGAUUUUCUUCUUAGUGAUUUCUCCAAGUUUGAUCGCCCUCCUCUCCUACACUUAGCAUUUCAAGCACUGGACAAAUUUGUUUCUGAGUUGGGACGAUUCCCUGUUGCUGGUUCUGAAGAGGAUGCUCAGAAGCUUAUAUCUGUUGCUACUAACAUUAAUGAUAAACUAGGAGAUGGCAGGCUGGAAGAUCUUAAUCCAAAACUUUUGCGCCACUUCGCCUUUGGUGCAAAGGCGGUACUAAAUCCCAUGGCUGCCAUGUUUGGUGGUAUCGUUGGUCAAGAGGUUGUAAAAGCUUGCUCUGGAAAGUUUCAUCCACUCUUCCAGUUCUUCUACUUUGACUCGGUAGAAUCACUUCCAACAGAGCCACUGGAUUCCAGUGAUUUGAAACCAUUAAAUAGCCGUUAUGAUGCACAGAUUUCAGUUUUUGGGUCCAAGCUACAGAAGAAACUGGAGGAUGCCAAAGUAUUCAUGGUUGGAUCUGGUGCACUUGGAUGUGAGUUGUUGAAAAAUGUUGCCCUGAUGGGAGCUUCAUGUGGCGACCAAGGGAAGCUAACAAUCACUGAUGAUGAUGUAAUUGAGAAGAGUAACCUCAGUAGGCAGUUCCUUUUCCGUGAUUGGAACAUUGGGCAGGCAAAGUCUACAGUUGCCGCUUCUGCUGCUGCAUCAAUAAAUCCCCGUCUCAACAUUGUAGCAUUGCAGAAUAGAGUUGGCCCUGAAACUGAGAAUGUGUUUGAUGAUACCUACUGGGAGAAUUUAAGUGUUGUUGUUAAUGCACUAGAUAAUGUCAAUGCCAGGCUCUAUGUUGAUCAGCGGUGCUUAUAUUUCCAGAAGGCACUUCUUGAGUCGGGUACUCUGGGUGCGAAAUGCAACACUCAGAUGGUUAUUCCUCACCUAACAGAAAACUAUGGUGCCUCUAGAGAUCCUCCAGAGAAACAAGCACCCAUGUGUACUGUCCACUCAUUUCCACACAACAUUGAUCACUGUUUGACAUGGGCUCGAUCUGAGUUUGAGGGUUUGCUUGAGAAAACUCCAGCUGAAGUGAAUGCAUAUUUAUCCAAGCCAAGUGAAUAUACCGCUGCAAUGAGUAAUGCUGGGGAUGCACAGGCCAGGGACACCUUGGAGCGUGUUCUUGAGUGCCUUUCCAGAGAAAGAUGCGAAACAUUCCAAGAUUGUAUUGCCUGGGCGCGCCUCAAGUUUGAAGAUUAUUUUUCCAACCGGGUGAAACAGCUGACAUAUACUUUCCCUGAAGAUGCUGCAACUAGUACUGGGGCUCCAUUCUGGUCUGCCCCCAAGCGAUUCCCCCGUUCACUGCAGUUCUCAGCUAAUGAUCCCGGUCAUCUCCAUUUUGUUAUGGCAGCAUCCAUACUCAGGGCAGAGACAUUUGGGAUCCCAAUCCCCGACUGGGUUAGGAACUCUAAGAAGUUGUCUGAAGCUGUUGAGAAAGUGGAAGUCUCAGACUUUCAGCCCAAGAAAGAUGCAAAAAUAGUGACAGAUGAUAAGGCCACCAAUUUAACUCCUCAAUCUAUAGAUGAUGCACAGGUUAUUAAUGAAUUGAUUAUCAAGUUAGAGCAUUGUCGAGAGAAACUCCCACCAGGGUUCCGGAUGAAACCGAUUCAAUUCGAGAAGGAUGAUGAUACCAAUUACCAUAUGGAUAUGAUAGCUGGGCUUGCCAAUAUGAGGGCUAGGAAUUACAGCAUUCCUGAGGUGGACAAGCUGAAAGCCAAGUUUAUUGCCGGUAGGAUUAUCCCUGCAAUUGCAACCUCCACUGCAAUGGCCACAGGACUUGUGUGCCUGGAACUUUACAAGGUUCUGGAUGGUGACCACAAACUGGAAGACUACAGAAAUACAUUUGCAAACCUAGCACUACCUUUGUUCUCCAUGGCUGAGCCGGUACCUCCCAAGGUCAUUAAGCACAAGGACAUGAGCUGGACAGUGUGGGAUAGGUGGAUCCUGAGGGGCAAUCCUACUCUGAGGGAACUUCUCCAGUGGCUUAAGGAUAAGGGACUGAAUGCUUAUAGCAUCUCUUGUGGAAGCUCUCUGCUUUUUAACAGCAUGUUUGCUCGACACAAAGACCGAAUGGACAAGAAGUUGGUGGAUCUGGCUAAGGACGUGGCGAAGGUGGAAAUUCCUCCAUAUCGUUGCCACUUGGAUGUCGUUGUUGCUUGCGAGGAUGAUGAGGACAAUGACAUUGACAUCCCAUUGGUGUCGGUUUACUUCCGUUAGGUUGUGUUCUCGAAUCCGCCGAGUUCGUUGGUCUGUGAUUCUAGGAUGAGAACUCCACAUUUUAGGAUGUUAACUCUAAUAGUCUUUCAUUCCUCUGUUGAUGACGCAGCUUGAAAAAUUUGUCACAACAUUCUCGUGUUCAUAUAUCUUUGGAAGUAACUCCAAAUUU